GUCUCCGGCGGGUUUUUUUUUUUUUUUGAGUUUCGGCGUGCGUGGCGGGCUCCAUCCCGGCAGGACUAGAGGGAGAAAAGCCAUGUUUGCCAAAGCAGGCUUCCACCUGCUGCGGUUCAAAUAUUGUUAAGCAGCCGAGUUCCUGUGGCCGAAUUAGAGGAAGACUGUCUGAGAUACUGAAAAAAAAAAAAAAAGAAAAAAAAGGAGAAUUGGCAAAGAGCGCCGAAGUUGUUGCAGACUCUUGGCUCGACUGCUGAGGAGGACGUGAGUGGGAGAGAGAGAGCGCUGUUGCACACACAAAACCACAGAGAGAACCCGCAAUUUAACCAACAUCCCCAAGCCCGGCUUUGCAGCUGUCGGACCUCUCAGCUCGGCUCUGACUUUUCUUUUAAAUGAAUGAAAAGCGUUAUACCAAAGAGAGAGAUUUGAAGUUUGAAUGCACUGAGCUUUUCUUUUUCCUUUUUUUUUCCUUUUUUUCUUUUUUUUUUUGCGCAAGAACGACUGAAAGGUCGUGACACGAGCGCUCUCAGAGCCACGCCAACCAAACUACUGAAGCUCAUUUUCAAGGCUGCUUAAAAAAGAAAAAGAAAAAAAAAAAAGGAAAAGAAAAAUAUCUCGGAGAACAUUAAUGGAUUCCUGUUGUGUUUAAAUUCUCUACAGAUUCUAUUGUAAAUAUUUGAUGAAGUCCGGUAGAUGCGCGUGUGCGUGAGUGUGUGGCCGUGAAUUUCUGGCCAGUUGUAGCCAGCUGACCUUUGCGAUCCGCCUCCUCUGAAGAACAACCCCGAAUCUCCCUCAAACAGCGAUUUUUGCCUCCCAGAAGACACCGGCGCAUUUUGGUUUCUCUUGGGACAGCAGAGAAAUCACCUGGAAGAAAGCGGGGAGCUCAAGCUCCGCGCGUCUUUCCCAGCGCGUCUCGUUCUCGCUCGCCUCCCUUAUUUUAACAUUUUCCUGGGAUUUUGGGAUGAGCUUUGUCCCCGCUCACUUUCCGCGCCCCGGCCGCGGACUCGAUGCGCUCUAAAGCCGCGACCCUGGCGUUUAUCGGAUUAACGGGAUCUGUUCCGCCUGCCCGGGGAGCCGAGAGUUGAGGCUGCGGGCACCGAAUUAACUCGGGGCGGCCGGCGCAGGAGCAGCUCCCGUUUAUGUUGUUCCCCCGAGAGCGGCUCGCCGAGGAGUUGCGCUCUCGUGGCCGCUCUGUAGGAACUCAGCGGAGGUGUUGUGUGGCUCUAAAGGCUUGUUGUGAUGCGUAUCCCCGUAGAUACCAGCACCAGCCGCCGCUUCACGCCGCCCUCCACCACGCUGAGCCCGGGGAAGAUGAGCGAGCCGCUGGCGCUGCCCGGCGCCGAGCACAGCGGGGCUUUGCCGGGGAAGCUGCGCAGCGCCGACCGCAGCAUGGUGGAGGUCCUGGCGGAUCACCCCGGGGAGCUGGUGCGCACCGACAGCCCCAACUUCCUCUGCUCCGUGCUGCCCACGCACUGGCGCUGCAAUAAGACGCUGCCCAUCGCCUUCAAGGUGGUGGCCCUGGGGGACGUCCCCGACGGGACCCUGGUGACGGUGAUGGCCGGGAAUGACGAGAAUUACUCGGCGGAGCUGCGCAACGCCACGGCCGCCAUGAAGAACCAGGUGGCGCGGUUCAACGACCUGCGCUUCGUGGGCAGGAGCGGCAGAGGGAAAAGCUUCACUCUGACCAUCACAGUCUUCACAAAUCCUCCCCAAGUAGCCACCUACCACAGAGCCAUCAAGAUCACGGUGGAUGGACCUCGGGAACCACGAAGACAUCGGCAGAAAAUAGAUGAGCAGACAAAGCCUGGCAGCUUGUCCUUUUCUGAGCGCCUGAGCGAGUUGGAGCAGUUGCGUCGCACGGCCAUGAGGGUCAGCCCACACCACCCAGCCCCCACACCCAACCCUCGAGCCUCCUUGAACCACAGCACAGCUUUUAACCCUCAGCCUCAGAGUCAGAUUCAGGGUAAGUACCCAAAAUCCUCCCCCCUGCUCGCCCACCUCCAUCCUCGCGGCCUACGGGGGCUCAUGGCCCUGCUGGGUGUCCAUCUCUUCGGGGUCUCCAUGGAGAUCUUCGGAUCUUUGACACAUGAGAGACUUUAAGGAGUGAAAAGAGGGGCUUUCCAAUGGGUGUUUGGAUUUUGGGAAGCCUGGAUGUUUGAAUUUGGGC